AUGAAUGAAUUGAGUGAUCUUCCGGAAAAUCGUUAUACAAAAAUUUUAGAUCGCGCAUUUCACAUUAAAAAUAAUUUUAUUGACGCGGGUCAUGGAUGUAUUUUGCCUAAACGAUAUCGAGAUAUAAGCGAGCAAAUUAAAAACUUCGAUAUUCGCACUGAUGAUGUUUUUCUUUGCUCCUUUCCUCGGAGUGGAUCGACAUGGUUACAGGAAAUUUUAUGGUUGCUGGGAAAUAAUUUAGAUUUUUCAAAAGCAAGAGUUAUUAUUCAACAAGUAAGAAAUCCAACAUUGGAACUAUCAGCGCUUUUUUCUGACGACAAAAAUAAAGCUGAUUGGAUUAAAGAUACAAUGAAAGGAAAUUCGGUUGAGUUUGCACAUUCGAUGACAAGUCAACGUUUCUUAAAAACUCAUUUGCCUUGGCACCUUCUGCCUGACAAACUGAAGCGUGAAAAUUCAGCAAAAAUCAUCUACACGACACGUAAUCCGAAGGAUCAAAUAGUUUCUUUCUAUCAUUAUUGUUUGUUGGCUCAUCAAAUGGAUUGUUCAUUUGAGGACUUCAUUGAUUUAUGUCUUGAAGACAAAAUUGUUUACGGAUCACCACUAAAACAUAUGUUACCAUUUUAUGAUCGCCGUAAUCAACAAAAUAUUUUGUUUAUAAAAUAUGAGGAUAUGAAAAAGGAUCUUCCCGCAAUCAUUCGACAAUGCGCUAAACAUCUUGAAAUAAAGCGUGAACUUACAAACAGAGAUAUUGAAGAAAUUUGUGACUAUGUAAAAUUUGAGAAAAUGGAGAAAAACUCCAGUGUGAAUUUAGAAACGAUAGUGUUUAGAGAUCAAGAGUUUAAAACAAAUAUUGAUAGCGAACAAUAUAAUAAAGUAAAGUUUAUUCGAAAAGGUUGCGUUGGUGAUUGGCAGAAUUACUUUACCUCCGAAAUAAAUGAAAAAUUUGAUAAAUGGAUAGAGGAACAACUCAAAUCCUCCGACAUGACUUUUGAUUAUGUUUAA